AUGGCCCGACCAAAGCGAGGGGGCAAGUCCCCGAACAAGAACGCAAACGGGCAGUUCAGCGGCUCUGAAGGCCGGCGGUCAAGCUUCAGCGAUAAGAGCGAGGACGGAUCCCCGACAAGAACGAGGCCGCAGGCUCAGGCCAAGCUGGCGUCCGUAGAAGAGAAACCCGCGACAGCCGCCGAGAAGCAGGCCGAGUACGAGAAGAAAAAGGCAAACUUCUGGACACGCACCUUUUGGACGCUCGUCAUGAUCUCCGGCUUCUUCGGCGCGUUAUUCAUGGGCCACAUCUACAUAAUCGCCAUCGUCACCGCUGUCCAAAUCAUCUCUUUCAAGGAGGUCAUCGCCAUCGCCAACGUCCCCAGCCGUGCCCGAUCGCUGCGUUCCACCAAAAGCUUGAACUGGUACUUCCUGGCCAGCACCAUGUACUUCCUCUAUGGCGAGAGCGUCAUCUACUACUUCAAGCACAUUGUCCUCGUCGACAAGGUGCUUCUCCCGCUCGCCACCCACCACCGCUUUAUCAGCUUUGUGCUCUACGUCUUUGGAUUCGUCUACUUUGUCGCUUCCCUCCAGGCUGGGCACUACAAGUUUCAGUUCACCAACUUUGCCUGGACUCACAUGGCCUUGUACCUCAUCGUCGUCCAGGCGCACUUUGUCAUGAACAACAUCUUUGAGGGCAUGAUCUGGUUCUUCUUGCCUGCGGCGCUGGUCAUCACCAACGACAUCUUUGCUUACAUCUGCGGCAUUGCCUUUGGUCGCACGCAGCUCAUCAAGAUUUCGCCAAAGAAGACGGUCGAGGGAUUCGUCGGCGCAUGGAUCAUGACUGUGCUCUUCUCCAUCCUGCUCGUCAACAUCAUGACGCGCUCCAAGUACUUCAUCUGCCCGGUCAACGACCUCGGCGCCAACGUCUUUACCGGGCUCAAGUGCGACGUGAACCCCGUCUUCCUCCCGCGCACCUACAAGCUCCCCCAGUUCUUCUUCCUGCCGCCAAACUUCAACUUCUCCGUCACCUUUGCGCCGAUGCAGCUGCACGCCUUGGUGCUCGCCACUUUUGCCUCGCUCAUCGCUCCCUUCGGCGGCUUCUUCGCCUCUGGCCUCAAGCGCACCUUCAAGAUCAAGGACUUUGGCGACUCCAUCCCGGGCCACGGCGGCAUGACGGACCGCAUGGACUGCCAGUUCAUCAUGGGCUUCUUUGCGUACAUGUACUUCCACACAUUUAUCGAGGUGCACAAGGUCACGCUGGGCAGCGUCCUGGAGACGGCCAUCACCAGCCUGAACCCCGAGGAACAGGUUGAGUUGGUCAAGAGCAUGUGCCGGUAUUUGAGCAACCAGGGCAUCAUGCCCGAAGAGCUUCAAGCUUGUAUCGAGAAAGCCACGCUAUAA